AGUGGCACGCGCGACUGCACACCGCAACGGAAGUUUUGCCGCCAUUUCUGCGGUGGUUGCCAACUAAAAGACUGCUUAAGCACAAUAUAGAAGCCAUGCCAAGAAGCACCUGCCAGAUAACAUGUCAUAUGGUCUGACACAACUUGCCCCUGGGCUUCCAGAAACACACGGACCUGACUGGACACACGCGACCUGACCUCCGCGCUUAGGCGCCAGCCUCGCACGUACGGACUCGCGGAAGUGGGACGAUGGAGGGAGGCCGGGCCGCCUCAGGCCUGCUUGUCCUGCCGCGCGGACCUGGAGGGCCCCUGGUUGACACGGCGGCCGUGCGUGAGCUGCUCUCAACCAUUGCCCAAGGUGGUUACAGCGCCCAGUUGGCAGCAGCCACUCAGCUGUCAGAGCAGCUGGAAACCGAGGAGGGGCGCUUCCGGGAUGUGGUGGGAGACCCCUGGUCUGCGCCGGCAGCCCAGCGGGCGGCGGCGGCUGUCGGCAAGCUGCUGAGCUGCGUCAAGGAGCGCGAGUCCGUGUACGACACGGUGUGCGACUCAUGGAUCCUGUCCCGCACGGCUGCGCUUGAGCAGCAGGUGGCGGGGCUGCGGCUGGUGCUGGCGUGCCUCAGCGCCUGGAGCUUCCAGUACCCGCUCACGGAGGACCGCUGCAUGGAGCUGCUGCUGGAGUGGGCGGGCGAGGGUGGCGACGACACGCCCACGCCCUCUGACCCGGCGCCCGCUGAUGAGGAGGCGCUGCUGAAGGAGGCCCGCUCCGUGUACGCCACUGGCCUGCUGGCCAUCGCCAUGACCAACGAGGACUACUCGGGCCAGGCCUCCUCCUCGCCCCUGGUGCCGCGAGUGGCCAAGUACCUGCGCCGGGCGCUGCUGGAGCAGCCGCAGCCGCAGCCGCAGCCGCUGUCGACGCAGUCCGGUGAGGCAGGCGCCAACGGCGCAGCCGGCGGCGCAGCCGCGGCAGCCGGCGCAGCCGCUGCAGUUGCCGACGGCGCUGCGGCCGCGACUCCGUCGCGGCCGCCCUGCCACCCGCUUCCGGCGUUGCGGCGUCUGCGGCUGCAGUACUGCGCGGCACUCCUGGGGGCGGUGGGGGAGUACCUGGACGCGCUGGGGCCGGUGCUGGCGGAACGGGGCGUGGAGGCGCUGCUGGAGCUCAUGAGGCGCGGGGCGGGACUGCCGCCCGGGCCAGGGGCGGCGGCGGGCGCGGCAUCAGGAGCAGCAUCAGGAGCAGCGCCAGGAGCAGCGCCAGGAGCAGCGCCAGCGGCGGGAGGCAGUGGUGGUGGGGCUGCUGGCGCGAAUACAAGUGCCGGCGGCCGGGGCUCCGGCGGUGGCGGCGGCACCGCCGCCGCCGCUUCAGGAGUUGCGGCAGCCGGGCCGGCGGCCGCGGGUGUUGUUGUUGUCGGUCCGCCCGACUACCGGCUGUUGUACGACGCGCUGGGGGCGUGUGUGGCGCUGACGGCGCACCGGCGCUUCAGCGAGCAGCUUGUGGAGGCGGGCGGCGUGGAGCUGCUGCUGGCGCUGCCGCGCAACCCGCACACCUACUCGGGCCUGGCUAUGAUGCUGUACUCGCUGGCGGCGGCGCCGCUGGCCUUUGAGAGGCUGCUGGCGGCGGGGCACGCGGCGGCGGCGGUGGGCGCGGCCCUUGGGCUGCUGGGCUGUGGGCAGGACGGCGCGCGCAAGACGGCGGUGUCGUUCCUGUCCAGCGUCAUGACCUUCCCGGCGGCACUGCGGGAGUUCCAGGCGCAGGACGGCCUGCGCCGCAUGGUGAACCUGCUGCGGGCGCUGCUGACCUCACUGCGUGCCGCCAGCCCCCCCGACCUACGCAUGGAGCGGCAGGUGGGCUACUAUGCGGCGCUCACGCUGCGCAUGUUCGUGGCCACACACCUCACCCUGCACAUCACCGCAUUGCGCCGCGGCCUAGCACUGGCGGCGGCAGGUGGCGGCGGCGGCGCAGCCGCCAGCAGGGCCGCCGCUGCCUCUGCCGCUCCCGGCGCCGCCGCUGCCGUGGCGGCAGCGCCGGCGGCGCCGGCGGAGCAGGCGGUUGGCAGCGCGGGUGCCGCCGGAGGCGAGAUGCAGCCUUCGACAACGACGGCGGCGUCACUGGGUGGCGGCGGCGCUGCCGCUGAGUUCCGUCUGUCGCCGUACCGGGCUGUGGACACGAGCCGGGAGGCGCUGGACGCCAUUGGCGCGCUGGUGGAGUCGGACAGGCGGCUGGCGGAGGCGUUUUGCCGCUGCCGCUGGCCUGCUCUGGAGGCCCUGCUGGACGCGGGCUGCCCGGCGCUGCUGCUGGGGCUGGUGGCGGACCUGCCGCCUGAGCGCUGGUUCCAUGAGGCAGCGCAGGCGAGCCUGGAGGCGCUGCGGCUGCUGUCGCUGGCGCCGCUGGCGCGCCGCGCGGUGGUGGCGGCGGCGGUGCCGGCCCCGGGCGGCGCCGGCGGCGGCGGGCGCAGCGGCGUGGGCGUGCUUUUGAACGCGUCCAUUCUGAGCACCUCGGCCUUCUUCACAUCAGACCCGGAGGUGGUGUCGGAGGCUCUGGCCGUGCUGACGAACUUGGUCACACCGCCGCCCUCACUGCUGUCCCUGCUGCCGAGCAGCGCCGCUAGGGCAGGCGGCGGCGGCGGCACGGGCGGCGUGCCCGGCGGCGCGGGAGGCGGCGCAACGCCUGCUCGGCGGCCCGACCGCGCGCCGGCAGAGCUUGCAGCAGCGGCGGGUGGUGGUGGCGUCGGCGGCGUUGGGUUGCAGGCGGAGGGCGGCGUCGCGCUAUCCCUGGAUGAGGAUGUCGGCGGUAGUGGUGGCACUGUUGCUGCGGCGCGGCCACGGGGCAGCGCACCCUCCGACGUCGUCCCUUACCACCACCAUCACAACCACAGCAACCACAACCACAGCAGCAGCAACCACAACCACAACAGCAGUAGUACCCGGGACCCCGGCGUCGCGCUGCCCCCGCAGCCGUCUGAGCCUCCUCCCCUCGACCUGGGCCCGGCCGCGCCCACCCUCGGCUCCGCUCUGGAGGCAGGCUACGUGGCGGCGCGGCAGGCGGUUCGCGCCGCCAACGGCAUCCGGUCACUGAUGCAGCUGCUGCAGCCCAAGCACGCCGUGGGGCCGGCGGCGCUGCCGGCGGCGGCGCUGGAGCGCAUUCGCUGCCUGGCGUGUCGCUGCCUGGUGGGGCUGGCAGGGGACCCCGCCAUUCGCCAGAUCCUCACGCGGCUUCAGCUGGCGCGUCUGCUGUCAGACCUGGUGCGGGACCCGCUACCCGGUGGCGGCGGCGGCCGGCGGCUGGGCGGCGGCCACCAGCUGCAGCUGGAGGCGGGGGCGGGCGGCGGCGGACUGGGCGGGCUGGGAGGCGGCGCGGGGCUGGGGCGCGGCGGCCUGCCCGCGGACUGGCACUCCGCCUUCACGGCAGUGGCCCUGGAGCUGAUCGCGCUCACCACCACAGGCACGGCUCCGGCAGUGCGGCACGGCGACAAGCUGACGGCCGCGGCCAACGACGCCGCUGCGCCGGCGCUGCACAAGAUCGAACGCGCCGCCAUCGCCGCCGCCUCCGCCGUCAGCUACAGUCCGCAGGAGUUGCUGCUGCUCAUCUUUGAGCACCUCAAGGCCUCCGGGCUGCACGCCGCCGCCUCGGCACUGGCGGCGGAGGCGGGGCUGGGCCGCGCCAGCGCGGCGCUGCAGCGGCUGCUGUACUUGCAGCCGCCGCAGCUUGUCGUGGCAGGGGCGGCGGCGGGUGGAGCAGGAGGAGCAGGAGGAGCGCUGCCGGCGCCCGGCAAUGUGGGAGGUGCGGGUGCCGGGGCGGCGACGCCAUUCCAUGGCGGCGCAGCAGCGGGGCUUGUACGGAGCGUGGUGGAAGCCGCGGCCGCGGCUGCAACGGUCACGGCGGCGACAACGGUGGAGGCGCCGGCAUCGGGCGCAGUUGCGGCUCGCACGGUGGAACCCGAGCCCACGUCAGCAACCGCGGCAGGCGGCAGCGCUGCCGGCGCUGCCGCAGCUACGCCGUUUGGUUUCGGCCGCGCCGCCGUGGGCUCGGCCUUCGGGGCGGGCAGCGCCGCGUUGGCACUGGCCACGCCUGGUGCAGGGGCCUCCGCGGUGCCUGGGGCCGCUGGGGCAGCGGGCGCGGCCUCAGCUCUGCGCUCGGGACACCGACCUAUCGCUAUCUCGGCGGCGCUGCGUGACGCGGCGGCGGUGCGCUCGCGCUCGGACUUAUCACUGGACCUGGCGCGCCUUGCCCGGCUGCGGGCGCCGCAGCCGCAGGUACAGCCCGAGCAGCAGCAGCAGCAGCAGCAGCAGCAACAGCAGCAGCAGCAGCAACAGCCGCAGCAACAGCAGCCGCAGCAGCAGCAGCAGCAGCAGCAGCAGCCGGCGUCCGGUCUCAAGCCGGUGCGGGCCGCGGCCGCUUCUCCGGUGUCAGCUGCUGUCCCUGCAGCGGCAAGGAAGGGGGAGGGCCCCGACACGGACGGGCUGGUGCGCAAGGCCCGCGGCGGCAAGGGUCAGCAACAGCCGCAGCACCAGGGGCAGAAGCAGCAAGCCCCCAAAACGGGUGGGAAGCAGAAGGAGGCCGCCGCGCCCGCGCCCCCUCCGGCAGCGACAGUGGCUGCGGCGGCGGGUCUGAAGCGCCGUGCCAGCGCGCCCUUGCCGCCCGUGCCGCACCCAAUCACUCGCAACAACAAGUCGGCAAAGCCAGAUGCGGCCGCGGCCGUGCCAGAGAUUGCUGGCACGUCGGGCAGGCCGCCACUGGCCGAGGCCUCGGCCCACGAGCGUCGGCGGAGAGGCAGCGCCACAGCCGCCGCCUCUCCGUCGGUAGGCCCCUCGUCUCGGACACCGGGUCUGUCCCACAGGCACAGGCAGCCAGCGGCCGGGGACCAGGCGCCUCAGCAGCAGCAGCAGCAGCAGCAGCAGCAGCAGCAGCAGCAGGAUGCUUCGGACAAGGAGGGGCGCGAGAGGCGGCGCGGGCAGCAGGAAAAGCAGGACCGGCACCCGAAGGGCGACAAGCACGCCCGACAGGCGGCGGCAGCAGCUGGGGCAGGGGCGGCAGGCGAGGGCGUGGGCGGGCCGGUCUCGCCUGCAGCGCCGUCAGCGUUCGCCACUGCGGCCGGCUUCACCUCUUCGGACGCGCCGGCCACAGCGGCGGCUUUUGUUUUGGCUGCUAACGGAAACGGUGGAGGUGGAGGUGGUGCGGGUGCUGGCAGUGACUCGGAGUACCUCGCGAGGGCCUUCGGCGCCUCGGUGCACAGGACAGGCGCGGGGCACGCAGGUGCUUCGCCCCAGGUCGGAUCUCGCGCCAAGGCCUGGAUGAGUCCCUUCGCCGCGGCCCCCGCAGCCGGCGGCGCAGCCGCAGGCACAGCCGCCGCCGCUCCUGCCGCAGCCGCGCCCGGCGGCGCCAACCCGCUCCUCCAGGGCCUUCCCUCCCGCAAACCUCCGGCCGCGCCCACAGCCACCGCCGUCGCAGCACUCAAGCGUCACUCCUCAGCCUCCACCGCCGCAGCGGCGGCGGAAGCCGCCGCCACCUCCACCCCUGCGCCCGCCGCGGCAGCCGCCGCCGAGCUGCCACCACACGUGGCGGCGGCGGCCCGCGAGCUGCAGGCUCUGUCGCGGCCGCCCGUGCUGUCCAAGCUGCAUGCGGUGGUGAUGAGCUACCUGCGGCAGCAGCAUCGCCAGGCAGUGAUGAGUAGCGCCGUGCCCACCGCCUGCCUGCCCGCAAUACCGCUGGCCAAGCCCUACGUCAUGCCGCAGGCCACACGCGCCCUGGACGCCCCCUACAACGUGACCAAGCGCCUGUGCCGCCGGGAGCUGCUGGGCGGCCACGGCGGCCGCGGCGGCGCCCGCGCCGACACGCAGCUCAUCUACUCGCGCUUCCGGCCGCUGAGGACCUUCCGCGACGACGGCGCGCUGACGCUGUGCGCGGCGUUCGUGCAGGGCUGGCGGCGUCUGCUGGUGGGCACGUCCGGCGGCGACCUGCGGCUGCACGACCCGCUGGAGGGCGCCGAGGCGCUGGACCUGCUGCCCGAGGCGCACGACAGCGCAGUGGUCAGCCUGAGGGUGUACGACGGACCCAGCGGCUACGGCAGCGCGGGAGCGGGCGACGGCUGGGGAAGGGGAGGCGCGCGCGGAGGAGGGGGUGGUGGUGGAGGCGGGGCGGCUGCGGCGGCGGCUUCGCAGCCGCCGUUGAUUCUGUCGUGCUCGCGCAACGACGUAAAGCUGUGGGUGGGGCUGGGCCCGGGGGCGGCGGCGGAGGCUGGCGGAGGUGGAGGGCGAGGCGGGAGGGCGGGAGGCGGUGGGGAGGGCGGCGAGGGUGAGGACGGCGGCAUGCUGCCGCGUGCGCCCAAGGCCACCUGGACCGGCGUCACCAAGGCGCGCUUCCACCCGGACGGCACACAGGUGGUGGCGGUCAGCGCCACCUCGCCCCGCCAGGCCUUGCUGUUCGACGUGCGCACCGCCGCCCGCAUCGCCGCACUCGACCCGCCGCCGCUGCUCACCUCGCCGCGCGGCCACCCCGGCCUCGGCGCAGCCGCCGCCGCCGGCCUGGGCGCCAUUGGCGGCCGCACGCCCGCAUCCCUGGCCGGCAUCGGAGCCGGUGCCCUGGGUCUGGGCGGCGAGCAGCAGCAGCAGCAGCAGCAGCAGCGGCCGAGGAGCCGCGGCGGCGCGGGCUCGCUGGCGGCUGCUGCUGCCUGCUACAGCCCCAGCGGGCAGCUGCUGCUGUGGGGCAAUGCGCUGUACGACUUGCGGGCGGCGGCGCCGGUGCACCAGUUCGACCAGUUCACGGACGGCGGCGCGGGCGCCUUCCACCCCGCCGGCCUGGAGGUCAUCCUGAACAGUGAGGUGUGGGACCUGCGCACCUUCCGCCUGCUGCGCUCCGUGCCCUCGCUGGACGGAGCCAGUGUGCUGUUCAACGGCGGCGGUGACGUGUUGUACGCGGCCCGGCGCCAGUCCGACGAGCCCUUCAGCGCGCUGUUCCACCCGCGGCGCGCGCGUCACCCGCUGCACACGGCCUUCCGCAGCCUGGACGCGGGCGCCUACACCGACAUCGCCACAGUGCCGCUGGAGCGGGUGGUGCUGGACAUGGCGGUGGAGCCCAGUGACUCGCUGCUGGCGGUGGUGUGUGUGGACCUGGCGGAGGAGCAGCUCACCAGCGCAGCACGGGUGUUUGAGGUGGGGCGUCGGCGGCCGGCGGAUAAUGACUCGGAUGCAGAUGACGAUGAUGACGACGACAGCGACAGCGACGGCGGCAGCGAGGACGAGGACGAGGAGAUGGAGUAUGAGGGCGCAUCAGACGACUUUGACACGCCAGCACCACAGCGCCAGCACCGGCGCGGCGGCGGCGGCCGUGGCGGCGGCCGCGGCCGGGCUGGCGGCGGUCGCGUGGGUGCCGCCGCCGCCGCCCGGGGCGCUGCUGGCGGCGACAGCGAGGAGGAGGAGGAGGACGACGAUGACGAGGCCAAUGACCGCGUGGUGGUGCUUGGACGCCCGGAUGAUGAGGAUGAUGAGGACGAGGAUGAGGAUGAGGACAUGGAGGAUGAAGAUGAGGACGACGACGGCGGCCCGGUGGGCGACACGGAUGAUGAGGAGAUCGGGAUGGCCAUGCUGGAGGACGCGUAUGCCGAGCUGGAGGAGGCGUACGGCGGCGGCGAGGGAGAUUUUGAGCUGGACAUUGAUCCGGAUGACAUGGAUGGCAUGGAUGACGAGGAUGAGGAUGAGGACGAGGAGGAUGGGGAGGAUGAGGAGGAGGAGUCUGACGACGGGGAAGGGGGCAACAGCUCUGAUGGGAUGAUGCCAGGAGGCGGGCUGUCGUCAGGGUCUGGGGGCGGUGAGGAGAGCGACAGCGACAGCGAGAGCGAUUAGAGAGGAACGAGCGCGUGGUGAGGUCGGUGUGUAAGAGGAGGCCGGGGAGCUCAAGGAGAGCGGGGCAGCACAGUUGUGCGUGUGUGGGUCUGUGGGUGCGCGGGAAGCUGAGGCGUCGAGAGUGCAACAUGUAUGCAGAUACUUGUUCCGGUCGUGUGAACUACGUUCCAGAGAUGUGGCAGGGGGCCGCCCAUGCAGCAGGCGGUGCCUCCCUAGUCCUUAUCCUACGGCUUGAGAGCACAGUGUAAGGGGGCACGCAGGUAGCAGGGCACACCGCGAACAGGGCGACACAUGCUCGCUUUCAGAUUGUGCGAGUUGUUUGCUGCGACGUGGCAGUUGUGGCGACAUUUAUGAGAGCCAUGUUGAGGUGUGAUAUGAUUGCGGCAAUUGUAGAUGGAAGAACUUCAAUUGGGGGGGCUGUGCGCGUUCGGUGGUACAUGGGAGACAGGAAGGACAUUCCGUUUUGAUUGGUGGGAGGGGACGGAUGGGUGGUAGGCUGAAUGGAAGCCGGAAAAGACAGACGAGCCAGUGCGGAGUGUUGCAGGGAGAGAUUGGACUUGCUGUCCGGAGAAGAGAAGAGUGGGGAGAGGCUCACGAAAGGCACCUGUCCACGGAAGUGCAGAGCAGGCGUGUACACACGCCGAUUCAGCCCGCGUUCAAGUCCCGCCAGGCGCCAGCUGCACAUUGCAGCGACACGCGCCGAGCCGGUGGCGGUGUACGUGGGGCAGGCGGGGCAGGGGCGCUGGGUAGGGCGCCACUGCAGAGUGGAGUAGUGGAGCGCAAGUCCCGCCCGCGGAAACUAACUGCGGCGCAGGCGAACCGUCAGCUCGUCUGCGCCUGCAAUGAGCCGAGGUGCAAUCCGUGCAGCGCCCGCCUCAGGCAGCAAACAUUUAGGCUGAAGAAGAAGCAUGUAAUAUGUUGCCUGA